UUCGAAUGAAAAAGGUUAUUUGUUGUUGUGAUAAAGCUAUCAAACUUGGUCAUUGCUAUGAUGAAACUUUUUUAAAUAUUCAUAUUAAUAGUAAAGGGUUUUUAGCUAAGCAAGAAGUUUGGUCAAUUCUAAAUUGUUUUAAAUCAAUCUCUAAAUCAAAAAAAUUCAAAAAUGAUGAUAGUGUUAGUAGUGCUGAAGAAUGGAAA